GAAAAAAAAAAAAAAAAAAAAAUAUAGCGACAAAACGGCAACUGUACAAUGAAUCAGCAGGCAUCUCUAACAAGAAAGCAAUGCGACUUCACCAAGCUUAUCAUGGCUGGGUACGAUUUGGAGCUGAACAAUGGCAGCACGCAGGACUUCGACGUCAUGUUCCACGGGCCGAACGGGACCGCCUACGAAGGAGGAAUAUGGAAGGUUCAUGUAACCCUGCCAGAUGACUACCCCUUUGCCUCUCCGUCGAUUGGAUUUAUCAACAAGCUGCUGCACCCAAAUGUGGACGAAGCGUCCGGAUCGGUGUGUCUGGAUGUGAUUAACCAGACGUGGACCCCCUUAUACAGCCUCGUGAACGUCUUCGAAGUUUUCCUGCCCCAGCUGCUGACCUACCCAAACCCAUCAGAUCCCCUGAAUAGCGACGCGGCGUCCUUGCUCAUGAAGGAUAAAAAUAUAUACGAAGAGAAGGUGAAAGAAUACGUGAAGCUGUACGCCAGCAAAGACCUGUGGGAGCGACAGAAAAAGGAGAAGAGCGCGGCCAACAUGAAUGGCAACAUAUCGCCAGUGAGCGAGCUUUCCUACGUCGACCAGGAGGUCCAGGACAUCGACUUGGACAACCUCUGACGGGCCGCACCAUCAGCGGCACUACGGUCAGCACCACGGUCAGCACCGCGAUCAGCAGCGAGACGAUAAUUACCAUCAUUAUGAUCAUUUUUUCCCCCCAUUUUUACGCUUCUUACCUUUUUUUUUUUUUUUUUUGUGUGUAUUUUAUUUGUAAAAUAUGAAUUUUUCAAGAGGCGAAAACGAGAAGCCCUGGUGUGAUGGCCGCGUGCGCCUUGUACGCGCCAUGCGGAGGUGCACGCCUGUAGGUAUACUCACAAAUGCACAGACACUACGCUGCGCCUGCGUUGCACAAUGCCCGUGUGCAAUGAACGCACAACCGUCGCCACGACCAUCACCUGCCAUAGCUAUAUAAAUAUAUUUUUAUACGCAUGUAUGUAUGCAUGCAUG